AUGGCUCAAGCGGCCAAACAGCUGAAGAAAAUCAAAGACAUCGAGGCGCAGGCCCUCCAGGAGCAGAAGGAGAGGGAGGAAAACAGGAAGCGGAGGAACCGCUCCCGCGACCGAAAGAAGAAGGGCGAUGCCGCUACCAGCUUUCUCAGGGCAGCGAGAUCAGGGAACUUGGAUAAAGCUUUGGAUUACCUGCAGAAUGGGGUAGACAUUAACACCUGUAACCAGAAUGGGCUGAACGGCUUGCACCUGGCCUCGAAAGAAGGCCAUGUGAAGAUGGUGGUUGAACUUCUGCACAAAGAGAUCAUUCUAGAAACCACAACCAAGAAAGGGAACACGGCUCUGCACAUCGCCGCCCUCGCUGGUCAGGACGAGGUGGUCCGGGAGCUGGUCAAUUACGGCGCCAAUGUCAACGCCCAGUCCCAGAAAGGCUUCACACCCCUGUACAUGGCAGCACAAGAGAAUCACUUGGAAGUGGUGAAGUUCCUACUGGAGAAUGGAGCUAAUCAGAAUGUAGCCACAGAAGACGGCUUCACCCCGCUCGCCGUGGCUCUGCAGCAGGGCCACGAGAACGUGGUGGCACACCUCAUCAACUACGGGACGAAGGGGAAGGUGCGCCUCCCUGCCCUGCACAUCGCGGCCCGCAACGACGACACCCGGACGGCGGCGGUGCUCCUGCAGAACGACCCCAACCCGGACGUGCUUUCCAAGACAGGAUUUACCCCCCUCCACAUCGCAGCUCACUAUGAGAACCUCAACGUGGCCCAGUUACUCCUCAACCGGGGAGCCAGUGUCAACUUCACGCCACAGAACGGCAUCACGCCACUGCACAUCGCCUCCCGCAGAGGGAACGUGAUCAUGGUGCGGCUCCUGCUGGACCGCGGGGCCCUGAUAGAAACAAGGACCAAGGAUGAAUUGACACCUCUCCACUGUGCAGCUCGGAAUGGGCACGUGCGAAUCUCAGAGAUCCUGCUGGACCACGGGGCACCCAUCCAAGCCAAAACCAAGAACGGCUUGUCCCCAAUUCACAUGGCGGCUCAGGGAGACCACCUUGACUGUGUUCGACUUCUAUUGCAAUACAACGCAGAGAUAGAUGACAUCACCCUGGAUCACCUGACCCCUCUCCACGUGGCAGCCCACUGCGGCCAUCACAGAGUGGCCAAGGUCCUUUUGGAUAAAGGGGCCAAACCAAACUCCAGAGCCCUGAAUGGCUUCACCCCCUUACACAUCGCCUGCAAGAAGAACCAUAUCCGGGUCAUGGAGCUGCUGCUGAAGACAGGAGCCUCCAUCGACGCUGUCACGGAGUCCGGCCUGACCCCUCUCCACGUGGCCUCCUUCAUGGGGCACCUGCCCAUCGUGAAGAACCUCCUGCAGCGGGGGGCAUCGCCCAACGUCUCCAACGUGAAAGUGGAGACCCCGCUACACAUGGCAGCCAGGGCAGGGCACACGGACGUUGCCAAAUAUCUGCUCCAGAACAAAGCCAAAGUCAAUGCCAAGGCCAAGGAUGACCAGACCCCCCUUCACUGUGCAGCUCGCAUUGGCCACACAAACAUGGUGAAGCUCCUGCUAGAAAACAGUGCCAACCCCAACCUGGCCACCACUGCCGGGCACACCCCCCUGCACAUUGCAGCUCGAGAGGGCCACGUGGACACGGCGCUGGCCCUUCUGGAAAAGGAAGCGUCCCAGGCGUGCAUGACCAAGAAAGGAUUUACCCCUCUCCAUGUGGCGGCCAAGUACGGGAAGGCCCGGGUGGCAGAGGUGCUGCUGGAGCGGGACGCACACCCGAACGCCGCCGGGAAGAACGGCCUGACUCCCCUGCACGUGGCCGUCCAUCACAACCACCUGGACAUCGUCAAGCUGCUGCUCCCGCGGGGCGGCUCCCCGCACAGUCCUGCUUGGAAUGGCUACACCCCUUUGCACAUCGCUGCCAAGCAGAACCAGAUGGAGGUGGCCCGCAACCUGCUGCAGUACGGGGCGUCCCCGAACGCAGAGUCGGUGCAAGGCGUGACACCCCUUCACCUGGCUGCCCAGGAGGGCCAUGCAGAGAUGGUGGCCCUGCUACUCUCCAAACAAGCCAAUGGCAACCUGGGGAACAAGAGCGGACUCACCCCCCUCCACCUGGUCGCACAAGAAGGCCACGUUUCAGUGGCCGACGUGCUGAUCAAACACGGUGUCACAGUGGACGCCCCCACCCGGAUGGGUUACACCCCCCUCCACGUGGCCAGUCAUUAUGGAAACAUCAAACUGGUGAAGUUCCUGCUACAGCACCAGGCAGACGUCAAUGCCAAGACUAAGCUAGGAUACAGCCCCUUGCACCAGGCGGCCCAACAGGGACACACAGACAUCGUGACACUGCUUCUCAAAAACGGUGCUUCCCCCAACGAGGUCAGCUCGAAUGGAACCACGCCUCUGGCAAUAGCCAAGCGCUUGGGCUACAUCUCUGUCACAGACGUGCUCAAGGUGGUCACAGAUGAAACCAGUGUCGCGUUAGUCAGUGACAAGCACCGGAUGAGUUUCCCGGAGACAGUGGAUGAGAUCCUGGAUGUUUCUGAAGAUGAAGGGGAAGAACUCGUCGGCUCCAAGGCUGAGAGACAGGACUCCAGGGAUGUGGACGAAGAGAAAGAGCUGCUGGACUUUGUGCCGAAGCUAGAUCAAGUGGUGGAAUCUCCAGCCAUCCCGAGGAUCCCCUGUGUCACACCGGAAACAGUGGUGAUCAGAUCGGAAGAGCCAGAACAGGCAUCGAAAGAGUAUGAUGAAGACUCACUCAUCCCCAGCAGCCCGGCCACAGAGACCUCGGACAACAUCAGCCCGGUGGCCAGCCCUGUGCACACAGGGUUCCUGGUGAGCUUCAUGGUGGACGCCCGGGGAGGCUCCAUGCGAGGGAGCCGGCACAAUGGCCUGCGGGUGGUGAUCCCGCCGAGGACGUGCGCGGCGCCCACACGCAUCACCUGCCGCCUGGUGAAGCCGCAGAAACUGAGCACACCGCCCCCGCUGGCCGAGGAGGAGGGCCUGGCCAGCAGGAUCAUCGCGCUGGGGCCCACGGGGGCCCAGUUCCUGAGCCCUGUGAUUGUGGAGAUCCCCCACUUUGCCUCUCACGGCCGCGGGGAUCGCGAGCUCGUGGUGCUGCGGAGUGAGAACGGCUCCGUGUGGAAGGAGCACAAGAGCCGCUACGGAGAGAGCUACCUGGACCAGAUCCUCAACGGGAUGGACGAAGAGCUGGGGAGCCUGGAGGAGCUGGAGAAGAAGCGGGUGUGCCGCAUCAUCACCACGGACUUCCCCUUGUACUUCGUGAUCAUGUCCCGGCUCUGCCAGGACUACGACACCAUCGGCCCCGAAGGCGGCUCCCUGAAGAGCAAGCUGGUGCCCCUGGUGCAGGCCACGUUCCCGGAAAACGCCGUCACCAAGAGGGUGAAGCUGGCUCUGCAGGCCCAGCCUGUUCCAGAUGAGCUAGUCACCAAACUCCUGGGCAACCAGGCCACCUUCAGCCCCAUCGUCACCGUGGAGCCCCGGCGUCGGAAAUUCCACCGGCCCAUCGGGCUGCGGAUCCCGCUCCCGCCCUCCUGGACGGACAACCCGCGGGACAGCGGGGAGGGCGACACCACCAGCCUGCGCCUGCUCUGCAGCGUCAUUGGAGGAACAGACCAAGCCCAGUGGGAAGAUAUAACAGGAACAACCAAGCUCGUGUAUGCCAACGAGUGUGCCACCUUCACCACCAACGUCUCUGCCAGGUUUUGGCUGUCGGACUGUCCUCGGACGGCCGAGGCCGUGAACUUCGCCACCCUGCUGUACAAGGAGCUGACCGCGGUGCCCUACAUGGCCAAGUUCGUCAUUUUUGCCAAGAUGAACGACCCCCGCGAAGGGCGGCUGCGCUGCUACUGUAUGACGGACGACAAGGUGGACAAGACCCUCGAGCAUCACGAGAACUUCGUGGAGGUGGCCCGGAGCAGGGACAUAGAGGUGCUGGAAGGGACGCCCCUGUUCGCAGAGCUCUCCGGGAACCUGGUGCCCGUCAAGAAAGCCGCCCAGCAGCGGAGUUUCCAGUUCCAGUCAUUCCGGGAGAACCGCCUGGCCAUUCCUGUCAAGGUGAGGGACAGCAGCCGAGAACCGGGAGGGUCCCUGUCGUUCCUGCGCAAGGCGAUGAAGUACGAGGACACGCAACACAUUCUCUGCCACUUGAACAUCACCAUGCCCCCCUGCACCAAGGGGAGCGGAGCCGACGACAGGAGACGGACCUUGACACCGCUGGCCUUGCGAUACAGCAUUCUCAGCGAAUCCACACUGGGUUUUCUCAGUGGGACGGACCGAGCAGACAUGAAGAUGGCCCUUAUAUCCGAACACCUUGGUCUCAGCUGGGCAGAGCUGGCCCGGGAGCUGCAGUUCAGUGUGGAAGACAUCAACAGGAUUCGCGUGGAAAACCCCAACUCGCUGUUGGAGCAGAGCGCCACCUUGUUGAACCUCUGGGUCAUCCGUGAAGGCACAAACGCCAAGAUGGAGAACCUAUACACCGCCCUGCGGAACAUCGACCGGAGCGAGAUCGUGAACAUGCUGGAAGGCUCCGGCAGACAGAGCCGCAACCUGAAGCCGGACCGGCGGCACGCGGAGCGGGACUACUCCUCCUCGCCCUCCCAGAUGAAUGGUUACUCCUCGCUGCAGGACGAGCUGCUGUCCCCCGCCUCCCUGCACUACGCGCUUCCCUCUCCGCUGCGUGCAGACCAGUACUGGAACGAGGUGGCCGUCAUAGACGCCAUCCCCUUGGCGGCCACGGAGCAUGACGCCAUGCUGGAGAUGUCUGACAUGCAGGUGUGGUCCGCGGGCCUCACACCCUCUCUGGUCACUGCUGAGGACUCCUCUCUGGAGUACAGCAAGGCCGAGGACUCUGACGCCACCGGCCACGAGUGGAAGCUGGAGGGGGCGUUCUCCGAGGGAACGCAGGGCCCCACGCUGGGCUCCCUGGACCUCGUGGAGGAUGACACAGUGGAUUCAGAUGCCACAAAUGGCCUUAUCGAUUUGCUUGACCAGGAGGAAGGUCAGAGGUCAGAAGAGAAGCUGCCAGGUCAUGAGAGGCAGGAGGACUCAACAGGUGCAGGGCAGGACUCAGAGAAUGAAGUGUCUCUUGUUUCAGGCCAGCAGAGGGUGCAAGCCCGCAUCACAGAAUCCCCCACUGUGAGUCGGGUGAUGGAGACAAGCCAGGACAGACUGCAGGACUGGGAUGGGGAAGGCUCCAUCGUCUCGUACCUGCAAGAUGCGGCCCAAGGUUCCUGGCAGGAGGAGGUCACGCGAGGCCCACACUCCUUCCAGAGAACCGUCACCACCGUCAAAGGGCUGGAGCCCAGUGGGUCUCGGGAGUAUGAGAAGGUGCUGGUGUCUGCGACCGAGCUCUUGCAGCCAGAGCAGCCCGAGGCGGAGGGCCUGCAGGCUGACCGGGAACGGAGACACCGAGAGCGGCUGCAGGAGGCGGAGAGCACCUUCUCCCAGAUGCUAAAGGGGAGCGAGCUUCAGAAUAUUCCAGGGGAGCAGGUGACUGAGGAACAAUUCACAGACGAGCAGGGCAACAUUGUCACCAAAAAGAUCAUCCGCAAAGUGGUCCGGCAGAUAGAGUCGUCCGGUGCCGAUGACACCCAGGAGCGCGAGGAGGAUCACACCUCGACACCCAACCCUUGA